AUGGAGCAAAAUCGUUCGAUAGCAGCUUUAGUUUCUGCAGGUUUCUCAGGCCCUUUUCAACUCGGAAAAGAAUUUAGUUCUAAUUGGACUCACCAAAACUUUAGGCUGCUCUUUCAGAAUCUUAUCUGUGAGGAGGAAACAUCUAACAAUAUUGUCCAAACUACAAGAGUUUCUGCAGUUCUAAGAGCAUUUCCUGCAUCAUUUCCUAUAUUUGCAUGGCAAGGUAGAACGGGUCUCGCAGGCCUGACUCUAUCUGCAGAAGGAACAUGGGAUUCCUUAACAAGAAAACUUUGCAUGACUGGGUGUGUUAAUUCAGUGUUAGACUCAGAGGAAUGCAAUUACCAGGUAUCUUUACACUUUCCAAAUGUGUUCUCCAUCAAGCAGAGGAGUGUAUUGCUAGGUAGCAUAUAUAGCAUCAAAAAUGAAACAAAUACAUCCUUCUUGCCUUUGUUGUUUGAUUCACUAAGGGGCCCUUCAGAUCUCAAGAGCCUUGGUUUGUAUAACAAUCCAUAUUAUAAUUACUCAAAGGUUGAGCUAGCUGCAGCAAACAAAAAGAAGAGUCCACCCUCCAAAUUGUGCACCUUUAUCAAGAAGUUCUUGAAGUAUCCAACUCUGGUGGAUGGACUAGAUUUGCAUGCUCAGCUAAAUUUCCUCUCCAAUAAACUCAAUUUCCAUGGGUGUGCAGUUCAUCAUCAAUCCAUGAGGAAUCAGAAGUCAAGGGUCGAUAUUCAGAUGGAAGUACUUUCACUUGAUACUUCAUAUCAACAUGAAACAACAGAACCAGAAGAGAAGAACCUCAUUAACAUAUCAUUACAUCUGGCGUUCUCUGAAGGAUAUUUGGUUGAAAGUGAAGUUCUUUACCCUUACUUCUUGGAAGGUGUUUAUGAUCCCUUAGCGGGUGAUAUGCAUCUAAGUGGUUGCAGAAAGGUUUCACCAAAUGAUAACAGCAGUUUUGAGCCUGGGCUAGAUUGUAUGGUAGAAGUUAAGGUUCAGUAUCCAUCUGAAUCAACAAGAUGGCUGAUGUAUCCGUCAGUUGAAAUGACCAUUACUAGCCAAAGGAGCGAAGAAGAUGCGCUGCAUUUCAGGACUAUCACUCUCAAAACUCUAAGGAUUUCAUACAAUGAGCAUGAACAGGACUAUGCCUUGAUGAAAACCUUUGAAGGUGUUCUAAGGCUUCUGAUUUCCCUAGCAGCAGUAGCCAUAAUUUGGAGCCAACUUCGUUACAUGAAUUCAAAUGAUAGCUGCAUUCCUUACAUCUCUCAUGGAACGCUUGCUCUGUUGAUGUUUGGUUAUGGUGCAGAGUUGAUAAUGUCCACUGAGAUCCUAUUUGAAUCAAACCAACAUUCUAUUAGAAAUUUGCCUUAUGAAUUGCAAACCCCAAGAAUUCUUCUACUGUUGGUUUCUUUGCUUCUUACUAUAAAACAGUAUCAAAAGGUGUCUGAAGCUAAGCACAUGCCAAAUGGGUAUUACUUUGUACCUGCAAUGUCAGUGAUCAUGAAGACUCUGGCCCUGAAGAUGCAAGAUUUAUUUUUGAUGCCUCAAGUCAUUGAGAACAUGGCGAGUAGUAGUCAAGUGAGGCCUUUGAGGAAAACAUACUAUUUUGGACUCACAUUGCUGAGGUUGGUUAUACAUUUCUAUUACUACAUCAGAGAUCCAUGUCCAUUCAAUUAUGAUGGUGGUGAUGCAUUAAUCUACAACCAACCCAAAGAAAAGAGUCCAAAACGGGAGGCAAGUGAUAUCCAUUUCCUUACCCGGCGGCACAAAACCAUGAAAGAGAAGAGUAGCACCGCAGCUGAUAUCACCACCGUUCAUCACCGGAAGCAAAGCACCUCCACAUCAAACUUGAGCGAGAGAGAGGGAGCUGCAACAAGGAUAGAUGCGAGUUCCUGUCAGUAUUAG